CAACACACACAAACGCCCCGCUUUAUCUGUUAUCUUUGUCCAUGCUUUUCCAAAUAAAAUAUUAUUGCUAACUUCAUAUUAUAUAAGUAUUUAUUAUUAUUAUUAUUGUUGCGGUCGAUUCGUCAACGCGUUGACAAUUGUCUCCAUCGUCCUGUGUGUGGUUUUUUGUAGAAUUCAUAUUAUUUAUUUCAUAGGUAUAAUAUAAUAUAUUGAAUUUAAAUAACAACAAUAACGGUUUGUCGUGUUCGUGUACGUUAUAAUAGCACUGCCAUGCAGUGUUGUUGUUGUUGUUGUUGGACAGUGUUGAGAGUUGUUUAAAAAUGUAAACGGUGCGUUCCAAACGAAUCGCAGCUGUACAAUGGCCAAUGAAUUGGAAAUACCUUUCAGAGAACUCCUCGAGAACGACCAUCCGGAAAUAUUUGAAUAUUUAAAAAACGCUGUUCGCAUGUUACACCGGCAACAAAACCUGUUGGCCAAACUCAAAAACAACGGUUUAGUCGACAUCAAGAAAUGUCACGCUCAAGCCGAAUCGGUUUCCCCCAAGACGGACGUCGACGAUGGCGCAACAGGCGUCAAGCGAGAAAACGUGAACGCCAAAAGUAACGCAAUCGAAACGGCCGACGCAAAUCCGACCAAUGCGAAAAACGCAACGGCAAACGUGAAAAAAGUCAGUACGACCAACGACAACGCUUGCGAAUCGAGUGCAAUCAAAGAAGAAGGAGAGUGUAGUGAAGACGAAGAAAAAUCUACAGACGUCAAAUCGGUAGAUCGUAAUCGUUUGGAGACUAGUCGUUUUUUGCUAGAAGAGACUACCGGAAUGUACUACGACCAAGUCACCGGCUAUUACUAUAAUCUAGAUAACGGUUUGUUCUACGACGGCAACCAAGGGUGUUAUUAUUAUUUCGACGUGAUUGCGCAAAAGUAUCGAUUGCACUCGCAAGUUCAUCCAGACGCUACUGCGGCGCCGACACCUUGCGAACGGCCUAAACCGGACGGACGUGAACAUUGUGACGUUCUACCGGAGAUUGAUUACGGCGAUUCCGACAACUCUGUGGACAGCGGCAAUUUAAUAAUCAAAGAGGAUCCCGAAGAAAACGUCGAACCCGAGGAAAAAGAAUGCAAAAAAGAUUCGACAGUGGACAAUAGUAGUGUAAGUUGCAAAGUUGGCGAGCGCGACGAAACAACAAAAGAAGACGUUAAACAGCAAUUGAAAGUAAUCGAAAGUGAAAACAAAAUCGUAGAUGAAACGCCGCCAGAAGUUACGUCCUCUCCGCCGCCUUCUACUUGUGAAGUUCUGGACAAACGAUAUUUGAAUUUAUUACAAUAUACCAAGUUAUUGCCCGCUCCAAAGAAUAUCGUGCAUAAAUUAACGCCUGAUGGGAGUAAAGCCAAACAAUAUGCACAAAUAAGAAACUGGUAUGCGCUUAAGCAUCAGCUGGCGGCGAUCGAAUCGGAAAUCGUUCAGUAUGAAAAUUUCGUCUGGGACCGCAUUGAACAGUACCUUUGUCUGAACAAGAGGGACGAUAAAAAUUCCAAUUGGAAGUCGUACAAAGAAGUCAAAGCCAAUCUUUCGGACACGCAAACCAAAUUGAUAAAAUCGAAAGUCGUCGGGUGGCCGCCGUGCAUACGCAUCAUAGUGAUCGAAUCCAAAGCGUGUAAAACGUUGAUUGGUAAACUGUUUUUGAUUACAUGCCCGGGCGGUACGAUAGGACGGUCGACGAGUCGAGACGUCAUAAUACCCGACGACAAUGUCAGCAAGCUGCACGCCGAAAUAUCUUUUGUGGGCAACGUCAACAAAGUAGGACGAGGUCACUAUGUUAUCAAAGAUAAAGGAAGUACAAACGGCACGUACUUGGAUGGUAAAAAAAUUACAAAAAGUUCGUCUUCCGGCGAACCCAAACAUUUGAUCCACGGUUCCGAGCUUCUUGUGGGCGACACAAAACUGUUGUGUCACAUACACGACGGCAUGGAAACGUGUAACCUAUGCGAGCCGGGCAUACAAGCCACCGCCGCCACGGAAGAAGUCGUUAAAAAUGAAAUUCCACAAAAAAGAAAACACGACGAAGAACUUAAAAGUUUGAAAGAAAAAUACGGCUUACUGGGUUGCGAGCCGCCCGAAGCCGUGUUGCCGAAGGGCUAUAAAGACAGAGCCGAAAAGAGAAGGAAAACGGUCGGCUCUCAGAACGCCCACGAGAAAACCGAAGUAGCUUGUCUAUCACAGCCAAUUCCUACCAAAAACAAGGGCUUCAAGUUAUUGGAAAACAUGGGUUGGACGCCAGGUAAAUCGUUGGGCGCCAACAACUGUGGAAUCAAAGAACCCAUCGGUUUGGACGUGCGAGACGAUAAAAUGGGCCUGGGUUUCAACACGAUGGGCGGCUUUGCCCAAAUCGAACAACCCAAGAUCAACGUAGUCGUUAAGCCGUCGAAAAUUCGAUUCAAUUUCGGCAACAAAACCACCAACGUGCCGAUAAAAACUAACAAAAUUAAUUUUUCAGAAGACGCUUCAUCGGAAGAAGAAAAAUAACACUACCUCCACUCUGGUGCCUCGAACUGACCGACAAUAAUUUUUGAAAACAUGUAUUUAUAUUUUUCGACUAAAAUAUUAUGAUAUUACACAUUUUUGGUGAGAUCGGUAUUUCCAAUCGUGUGUGAUUUAAUAUGCAUGUACAAACAGUUUUUUAAAAUAAAUUCUAAUUUUAUUAUUAUUACUAUUUUAACGUGUGAACUCGCGUCACCGGUGCUUCGUUUACGAUGUACUUUAAAUAUAUUAUGUAUACUAGUAAAUACAUAAAAAUAUAUUUUAUUACGGUAAACCAAAACUAUGUACAAACAGUGAGCUCUACGAUUUAGCUUAUAUUUUAUUCAGUCGACGUGUACAAUGUCGUCGUGUUGUAUUUCAAAAUACAUUAUAUUUUAACAUGUAGGUUUAAUUUAGCGAUAAGUUUCAUUUUACUUAACGACUGUGUUAAGUCGACUGCUGUGUUGUUAUAUUUUAUAAUUAUUAUGUACUGAUAAAACAUUUGCUAAAUAAAAGGUACGUAUCGUGUUUAAAACCCGUUACUGUUUGCAAAAACAAGCUAUUAAAAUAAUACUUGUCCUUGUUUAAGGUUGUCCGACUUGUGGAUUAACUGUGUGUGUGUGUGUGAUUAACAACUUGAUAAAUUUGAAGCAACAAGAAGGAAAAAAACAAAUCAAAUUGACAACGUUAACAGAUUUGGCGGGUAUAGUAGUGCCCCCCAUUAGCCAGAAGUAGGUAACGUUCACUCCCAUUAGGGUUUUCUUACUAGCUAGUGGUACCUGUACUAUUAUGUAUUUACUAUAAUUAUAUUUGAAAGCCUAGUGGUUAAUCCUUCAAACUAGUAAAAAAAAAAAAAUGGUUAACGGUUUCGGCUAGUAAUCUCGCAUGAGCUCGUUAAAAUAAACACGGAUAAUUAAUUGUAACGAUGAUGAGAAUUAUUAUUUUUUAUUUUUUCAAACCCGUUGACCGAUGAUAUAUUAUCCGGCAAUAAUUAAUAUUAUACUUACUAC